CCCCAAGACGAGGCCAGAGGAAGGCUAAGCGUGUAAGGAGAGUGAGUGACUCUGUGUGCUGGAUCAGAGGGUUACAACUACAGCAGGUACUGAUCAACUCAACACUGUAGCUCACAACAGAGUGGCAGUCAGUAAGGCAGUCUGGACUGAUCUCAGGUGAACUCAAACCAGGUAUUAUUAAACUCUCUACCCCAAAACACACAGGUGUUGUGCACAGCAGGUCCCGGUCUUGCCAGUGUUGUGUGAGAACCCUCUGGGGGUGAUCUACCUGUGCACUCGCUUACCCAUGGAAAGGCCUGCCUAACAUCUUGUGUACACAAUAAUUCAUCAUGUUUGCCUGCUGUAAGAAGGAGAAGAAAACUGUGCUAAAAAGAACUUUUUCUGUGCGUUCGGCCACGAUACAAAGUCCUCGUUUAAGCACUGCAGACCCACAAAUGGUUGAAUGGAAGGAACAACUCUCACAAGGGGACCAAUCAUAUGAGAGUCGCGUAGCAUUUUGGAAUGGGGGAAUGAGCAUGUGUAUAAAAUGUGGCAGUCGAGCGAUUGAGAGAAUGGAGGAACAAAGUGGGGUACGCACAAACGGCGACGCUUAUGGUGUGGUGGUCUUCAGCUGUAAGCGCUGUGGAUGGAACACUAGCUUCGAUUUCGAUGAUGGAUCCUUUGAUUGCUGGUAUUACGAAGCUAUUGGCUGGCCUAGGGGAGUACUGCAUUACCCAAUCUCAUACAUGGUGACAUGGGCCAGAAAACACCAGUUACCUGAAAACGUUGAUCAGGUCAUAAAAAAUCAGCGAAUCACUGGUAACAUUAUGCUAGAGCUGGACAAAAAGCAACAUGUCGAGUCCACGCUGGGAGUGAGUCGUUCAACUGCUGACCAAAUUCAUGCCAUCCUCCAAGACAAGUUUGGCGGAAUUCUGACAAUCACAGAAUAAUUUACACUUCUGGCUGUGAGACAAUGGAGAUGUGGGUUUGUGUUCCUCAUAUGCUCUAAAUGCUUUAGUGUGGGGGAUCUGUCCAUACAGCAGGUUAAGUGCCGUAUUGGGAUCACUAUAACCAGACUGGACAUUUGUCCUAAUGGUUUUGGGAGCAAAGUAUAUGUACAUCAGCAUUGGCUUGACACUACCACAUGACGUGAAGCAAUGUCAGAAAAGUAAUGUCAGAAUGUCUGGAUGUGUCAGAACAGCUGACAGCCUAUAACAGUGAUUGAUCAGUGCCUAAUCAUGUACCUGUGGUGCCAUACCAACACUUAACUGAAUCGUGGGCAACUCUCAAGGUUUAACUGCUUCAUUAGCAACUCUCAACAUUGAACUGGGUCAUUGUCAACUGUCAACACUGAACUGGUUCAUGGUCAACUGUCAACACUCAAAACUGAACUGGUUCAUGGUCAAGUGUCAACAAUGGUCAAGUGUCAACAAUGGUCAACUGUCAACACUGGUCAACUGUCAACACUGAACUGCUUCAUGGUCAACUGUCAACACUGAACGGUUUCAUGGUCAACUGUCAACACCGAACUGCUUCGUGGUCAACUGUCAACACUGAACUGCUUCAUAGUCAAGUGCCAACAAUGGUCAACUGUCAACACCGAACUGCUUCAUGGUCUACUGUCUCUUACACUGAACUGCUUCACGGUCAAGUGUCAACAUUGAACUGCAUUGUUGACAACUGUCAACACUGAACUGCUUCUUGGUCAGCUAUCACUAUUAACAAUAUAAAUACUAUAUACAGAGAUAUCUGUAACUUAUCGUAUUAUAGCUUACCUUGGUCAUGGCUUAUCAUCAACACACAACACUAUGCAUUAUAACUGAGGUUGUGUUAUAUUGGGGAUUAUCUUACUUCUAUUUGGUCCACCUCUAUUAUUCCAUUUAAUCAUUAACAUCCAGGGCUCAAACUCAGGCCAGUCCGCCAAAGUUUUCCCACAGGCUUUUACAUUGUUAGACAUAUUACUGUUUAUUGACAGAAGUCUUACUCAAGCCUUAGCAUACAUAGGGACCAAUUUCUCAUCCUACAUGUAUCAAAAACAUAUCAAUGUAUAUCAGUCUCAUUGCAAUGUCUCAUUCUUCUCUGAGAGAUUAAACUUUACACCAUAUAUUGCAGACCAUUACCUAUAGAAAUAUUACCUUUUUCUCAUGAUUAAGGGUGAUAUACUUGUUAACUGAUACAGAUACAUACAAGUUCAGACAAAAUCUAUCUUUUAGGUUAUGUAUGUAAAUUGUAACAAAACAUUACAUAUGCAACUUGAAUAAUAAAUCUAUUAGGGCUGAAAUUUGAAAAGCAGUCAAAGCAUUUCAAAUACCUGAAGGAAAAGGUCCAGAAAAGCAUAAUUUUGUUCAAAUCAGAUGUAAGGAUCCAAACAUCGAACUUAUUAUGGUCAAGUCAUGUACCAAGUUUAAUACAAUAUGAACUGUUUAAAUAAAAAAAUAGUCAGGAAAACUAGGAUGAUGGAUGGGCAGACAGGGUGCUGCCAGGAUGGUGGAGACCUGGAGAAGGUAAACAUUGACAUGCAAUUAGAAUCUAUUUCUUUGACUGAUAUUUAACGCAAUUCUCAAGAAGAUUUCACUUACAUGAUGACAACCAAUACUGAAGUGAUACUCAUCUGAAAAUUCCCAUCCCUGUCUAUUAAAAUUCAUAGUAUACAUUUACCUCUUGGAAUGCAGUAAUUUAACACUACUUGUGCAAAAUUUAUUGAACCAGUUUGUAUGAGGACAAUACAAAGAAGGGUGAAAGUUACCCAGUGUUUUUGUCUUGUGAACCACUAACUGGUCACUGGAAGACUUUGACAAACUGCUUAUCUUCACCACAUGGGGUGAGUCAGUAACAGAGGUCGAGGCUUGAAGACUUCCCGAUAAGUCACACCUUUAUUUUCUUAUCCUAAAAUGAAGAUAGUAUCAAGCGACAGUUGUUACAACCCUGUAAAUUAGAAAUCUGUCUUAAAGCAUGUCCCUAUCAUGUUUUGAGCAAUACAAAUCUGACUGAAAAGUAUCUGCCGUCGAGCUCUUGCAUAUAUACAGGGCGAAGUGUUU